GGAUUUAAUAACAUCCUUCAUUGCAACGACGUAAUAUACACGUAAUUGAGACGUAAUAGUGUUUGCUUCUACGCCUGCGCGAAAUUUGUCCCUUUAUCCCCAAUACUGUAAGCACGUGUGCGAAAGAAAACAUUGUCUGUUGUGUCAUACGUGUAUCUGACGAAAAAUAUCACGCCGAUAUUUCAUUAUAAUUUUUUAAAAUUAAAACAAGUACAAAUUUACUUUUGAACAGAAUGGCGUCACAAGAACAGAUCACCUGCAGUCUGCCCGAUACUCAAAACGCAGAUGCUUUGACACAAUCGCAAGAAGUAUUGACCCAAGAGCCAACAUUAGUCAUCUGGGGAAGACUUUGUCCCAAACUAGUAGCUUUCAGAAGUCUAGAAUUAGUUAGAGAAUCCUAUACCUUAGGACGCUCCAUGAGCUGUGACAUUAUUAUUACCAAUAACGAACUCCGGCCAAAAUAUUUGAAUAUAAUCAGUAAAGUACAUUUUCGCAUAACCAGAGAACGUAUUAAUAAUAGUAAUGAGUUUGUGGUAUAUCUUGAAGAUAUGAGUCACAAUGGAACAUUUGUUGACAAAAUCAAAGUUGGACGCGGAAAUCGUGUCAUUAUUACAAAUAACUCUGAAAUAGCUGUAGCUCAGGAAAAAUUUUCAAUUUAUGUAUUUAUGAAUACUAUGUCUGACAAUAGUUGCGAAUUACCAUUGCAAUUAAAGCAAAGCUAUGCACUUGGACGCAAGUUAGGAGCUGGUGCUUGUGGAGAAGUAAGAAAACUAUUUACAAAGGAUGGUUCUAAACAAUUUGCUGUCAAAAUUAUAAAGAUAAUUGACCUAAACAAUGGUAAUAUUGGAUUUAAUAGUUCUAUUAAUAUCAGGAAUGAAGUGGAAAUAUUAAAGAAGUUGAAGCAUCCUUGCAUUAUUCAAAUGGAAGAUAUCUAUGAUACACCAACAACAAUGUAUAUUAUUCUUGAACUGAUGGAAGGUGGAGAACUAUUUGAUAAAAUAAAAAGUAAGGGAAAAUUAUCCGAACCAUUGGCAAAAUUGAUAUUUUAUCAAGUUGUACUCGCUGUUCAUUAUCUUCAUAAGCAAGGCAUCACACAUAGAGACUUGAAGCCAGAGAAUAUAUUACUGAAAAACAAUUCAGACACUCCUUUAGUCAAAGUAUCAGACUUUGGUAUGUCAAAAUUAGUAGAUACCAAGACUAUGAUGAAAACAUUUUGUGGAACUCCUAUGUAUGUUGCUCCUGAAAUCCUGGCAAAUCUAGGAUGUGUCUCUUAUACAAACCAAGUUGAUGUUUGGAGUUUAGGUGUGAUACUAUAUGCUUCUUUAAGCGGCAUAGUUCCUUUUAACGUUCAUAACAAUAAUAUCACUUUAGAGCAACAGAUAAGACGUGGAAGGUACGAAUUUCCAUCAUCGCGUUUUGGGCAUGUAUCAGGCGAUGCUAUAGAGCUGAUCAAAAGUAUGAUGACAGUGGAUCCAAAAAAACGUAUAACAGUGACAAGAGUUUUAUUACAUCCCUGGUUAAGAGAUUCGCAUAUGCGAGAAGAAGUAUAUAAGCUGAUAUCAACUGUGGAAACUGAUGAGAAUGUGCCACCUUUGAACGUCUUAAAUAAUCACCACGAGGAUGAUUCAAAUAUCAUGAUAAAACGUGCACGAUUUCUAGUGUGAGAGAAAAUAUUUGAAAGUUCAUGACAAAAAUAUGUUACAUUGAUUUUUCGCGAGUAAGAAAAAAGUAUAAAGGAGAGCAAAAAGCAGCAUUUUCCUUUCGACAGGAUUUGAUGUCUUGUUGAUUAUGUUACAAUGGGCAUUAAUGUUACCUAUUAAAAAAGAACAGUUUCUGUUCAAACAGUUCUGUUCAUCGGUUAAGUUAUUCAUAUAUAAUGAUCUCACAUAAGAUACAAAGUAAAUAUCUGUGAUUAACUUUGAUAUUAAAUAUGAAAAAGAGAACAGUGAAAUAGAGAUAUAAGACAACGAAAUAAUUAAAUUGUUGAAUAAGACAUAACGCAUAUUUUUCGCGAUAUAUUUAAAUAUUUUUAUUUUUUGACAUAUCUUAAAUUGACGAGUACAAUAUUUGUGAUUUAACUUAUAACACAGAGUACCUUUAUAAAAUAGAUGUGUGAUAACGUCAACUAUGAAGAUUAUUU